AUGGCUCCCCGUGUUCCUCCCAAGAGAGUCUCCGUGAUUGGCGGUGGCGGUAUGGUCGGUGCUGCUACUGUGAACGCCUUAAUCCUGAAGGAUGUUGCUGCCGAAGUUUUGAUUGUUGAUGUUAUUGCAAAGGCCGCUGAAGGACAAGCUCUUGACAUCGCCGACGCCUCGUUCAAUUCCCCCGGAGUUGUCCGAGUUGGCUCGUUCGCUGAAGCUGGCCAAUCCGAUUUAGUGAUAAUCACCGCAGGCUACCCCCAGAAGCCAGGUGAGCCCCGGUCUAUGCUCCUCAAAAACAACAAGUCCAUUAUCAAGUCCAUAUGCGAACAAAUGCAACCUAUUCGUCCUGACCUGAAGAUUCUUGUUGUUGCAAACCCGGUUGACGUCCUGACUCACCUUGCCUGGCAGUAUUCCGGACUCCCUAAGAGCCAAGUCUUUGGCUCUGGCACCUACCUCGACUCGGGCCGCCUCCGCUCCCAGAUUGCUUCAAUGAUUGAUGUGCACCCGAGAAGCAUCAACGCGUAUGUUCUGGGAGAACACGGCGACCGUCAAUUCGUAGCCUGGUCCGCUGCCACUAUCCAGAACACCCCUCUCUUAGACCACCCCAAGCUUAAGGGUGUUGAGUUGGAUAGCAUCCGUCAGGAAGUUAUGCGCAAGGCUUACGCUAUUAUCGAUGCCAAGCGCUCCACUUACUUCGGGAUUGGUAUGUGCUCUGCUAAGAUUGCCGAGUGCGUGUUGAACAACACUCAGGAAGUCUUUCCCCUAGUACACUGGGUUGAGUCCGAACAAGCUUAUAUCUCGUGGCCUUGCACUCUUGGCUCCAACGGUGUUGACCAGACUUUCCACGUGCCCCUUAAUGAGCAAGAAAACAAAUCUCUCAAAGUUGCUGUGGACGCUAUUAAGGACAUGGUUAAGGAAACCGAAUCCAUUGAAGAGCCCAGCAAGGAGUAA